CAGUGCCACCCUCCUCCCUCCACAUCACACCACCAGCCACCACUACUCAUGCCUCGCUCAUCACCUUUCGGCCGCUGCAAUUUGCUUCUCUCGGUAUCUCUGAUUCAUCCAGCACUUGCGGAGUUCUUCGACUGUGCGAGGAAUAACAACCACGCUCGUAUCUGCAUUAAAAGUCGACAGAAAAGACUAAAGAUGUCUAAUCCAAAAGUUGUUGUCGUUGGAUCGUGUAUGACUGAUCUUGUAAGCUAUACCCCAAGGCUUCCCAAACCGGGUGAGACCAUCCAUGGACAUCAGUUCAGUGUUGGAUUUGGUGGCAAAGGGGCUAACCAGUGUAUUGCUGCAAGGAGACUUGGUGCAUCGACAGCCAUGGUGGCAAUGGUGGGUGACGACUCCUUCGGCCAAAACUACUUGCAGAAUUUCAAAGACAAUGGAGUUGAUAUAACUCAUGUUGGAGUGACAAAAGAGGCAGCAACAGGAGUAGCACCCAUUGCUGUGGAUGAUUCAGGUGAAAAUUGUAUAAUCAUAGUAGCUGGUGCAAAUUUGAAGAUGACCAAGAAGGAAGUCGAGGCAGCAGAGAGCAUGGUAAAAAGUUCGUCUGUGUUAGUUUGUCAGGGUGAAAUUACCAUGGAAGCUACUUUGGCAGCACUGGUUAUGGCUCGAAAGCACCAGGUCAAAACAUUGAUGAAUGCAGCACCAGCUGAUUCAAGCUUGGAUCCCAGCAUUAUACAGAAUUCAGAUGUUUUCUGUGUUAAUGAAACUGAGGCUGAAGUGCUCACGAGCAUCUGCAUAAAGAACGUAAAAGAUGCUGAGAGAGCAGCAGAAGAGCUCUUAUCUCGAGGAUGUGGCAGUGUCAUCAUUACACUGGGUGGAGAAGGAGCUCUCUAUUCUACUAGCAAUGGUCAUGUACAUGUGUCAGCUGAGAAAGUCACUCCUGUAGAUACCACUGGUGCUGGAGAUGCUUUCGUUGGUGCCCUAGCCUAUUUUAUGGCCUGUUACCCACAACUAGACAUGGUAGAAAUGAUACGAAGGUCUUGCAAAGUGGCCACUGUGUCAGUACAGGCUCCUGGAACACAGAGCAGCUACCCUGCCAGGGAUAAACUACCUAAAGAAAUCUUUGUUUAGUCUUCAAAUGUUGUUAUGUAUUGUUAUGUAUUUUUUAUUAUGAGAUUGAAUAUGCAUAUGUUAUGUGUGUAUGGGGAAAAGUAUGUGGUGUAUGCAAAAUGGAUAUGUUUAGCUUCAUAACAGAUAUCCAGAAAGAAUGUAAUGUCUUGCAGGCCUCAAAUAAUGUGUUGAAAUUUACAGCCUCUCCAUUCCAGCAUGAUUACAAUUUGCCAACAGUGUAGAAACACACAUGAUGGUGUAAAUAAUUCAAUUGGCUCACAUCCUUUCAGUCAUAUUCAAAACCUAAAUUAAUGCAGUGUUAGAACCAGGGAGCACAAAUUCUUUUAGAUUAAUAUUGGAUAUGCAUAGGAAAACCCAUAUAAGAAACCAAGUUAAAAUUUUAGUUAUCUUUUCUUUAUAUUACUUUUUUUUCAUAGAUACUGAUACAAUUUCUUUUAUUUUCUCUUUUAUACAUGUGAUAAAAAGUGCUAGAGAUAGAAUCAUCAUUUAUAUUGUAUUCCAUCUCAGGGUUGAUUCCAGAUAUGAUAUUCUGUAUUUUUGGGCAAUAAAUUUAACUUUUUUGAAAA